CCCCCGGCUGCGGAGCCUCGUGCCCCGCCUCCCGUCGCCGGGGGCCCAGGCCCAGCUUGCCCGGUUGGAUCAGGGCCGCUAGCACCCGUUCACCUCCAGGCCUUCCCCCCACACCGGCCUGCUCGCUGGUGGCACCCACGGUGCGGCAGUGGGUGCAGCAGCGCCUGGGCUUUGCCAGGCUUCCUUGGAGGGUGCCCAGCCGAGACCGGGCUGGGGUCCAAGGAGAUCCCCCGACCUUGGGCCACAGAAGCUGCACUGGGUGGGUUUUGGUUGGGCUGAGAUGUGAUGGCUUUUGAGGCUUUUCUGGGGUCCCCUUGUCAGUGCCGCUGAGGAUGUAACCUGGACUUCCUGGAGGCCAGCCUGGGGGCAGGGGGUUAGGGCGGGGCCAGGCAGGAGAGUGUGGUCCGCGAUGGGAGCCCCAGCCCUGGGAAGGGGGACCCUGCCUACGCGCUCUUGGCCUGGGGAAGCCCCACAGCCCCAGGAUGCACGUGGCUGGAGGGGUCCAGACUCUCUCAGACCGGCGGGGUGCCGCUCACCCCUUGUUUUCGGUGCCCCUUCCCCGGGGUGGGGCUUCAGGCGCUGAGUCAUGGCUCUGGUGGGGGAGCUGGCCUCACCCUCUUCCCCAGCAUCCCAGCUGUUGAGGAAAUCCUGGAGGGAGAGCAGGAGAGGAGGCCUUGGUCCAUGGGGGUGGGGAGGAGAGACCUGAGGGGCGUGGGGCCCCCGGGACGGACUGUCUGCUGAGCGCCCACCUUGUCUCCAUGAGCACACUUGUCAGCCUCUGGUGCAUCCCACCCUCACCAGCUCUCUAGGGACAAACCCCCCAUCCCAGCCCAAGGGUGACAGCUCUCCACGCAGCUGGCCAGGGCAGUUGGGGCGGCUGAGCCUCAUCCCCCUCUUCUGGGUGGGUGGUCCUUCCCUGCCCUGGGACCCUCGGAGGGGGAGGGGGAGGGGAGGCUACAGCAGCCGUCAGGGUCCUGCAGUCUCAGGCGGGGGCACCUGCAGGCCGUGGGCCACCACUGGUCCAAGCGGAUGUCCCCUCUGACCCCUUCCUUCUCUGGAACUCAGACGCCCCUCAGCCCGUGGGGAAGGGAUAGGGGCUGCUCAGAGAGGAGGAGGGUGGUGGGACGGUCCAAGGGUCCUGACGGGGCAGCCUGGCACUCACCCCAUACCUCCUAAUUGAGGGCGUCCCGAGCUGCACCCCGCGUGAGGGACUAAGUCCCUCCCCCCAGGCCUGGGAAAGCCUGGAACACGCCCCUCCUCUGCCAGCUGGGGGGCAGCGAGGGGCCAGCGACGGGCCGCUAGACCUGGACCGCCUCCUCUGCCUCGCCCUGCCCUGGCCCUGGCCCUGGCCGGAGCUCCUUCCCUGUUGUCCCUGGUCCCCCGGAGGCCAGAUGGGCCCAGCUCGCCAGCUGAGUGGGGCGGGGAGGGCAGGAUCCUGGCCCUAUUUCCCUAUUUCCUGUUCCCGGAGUGUUGGGGGUUGUCACGUGCCUGAUCCAUCUGCCUCUCGCCUUGCCUUCCGGGAUUCUCCGUCCACUGGCUUCUCUGGUGAUGUCAGACGUUAACUCUUCCCUCCCCAAGGCAGCCCCAUUGGCAGGCCGCGCCCGUGGGAGUGGGCUCCUCCGGGGUCUGGUCCACUGCUCCUGCCAGGCAGACGAGGCCUACCUGGUAUUCUGAGCUUGGGGAGCAGGCAGGAGGGCAACUAUCGACGAGGUGGAAACGGACGUGGUUGAGAUCGAGGCCAAACUGGACAAGCUGGUGAAGCUGUGCAGCGGCGUGAUCGAGGCUGGCAAGGCCUACGUCACCACCAACAGGCUCUUCGUGAGUGGCGUCCGCGACCUGUCCCAGCAGUGCCAGGGCGACACCGUCAUCUCGGAAUGUUUGCAGAGGUUCGGAGACAGCCUGCAGGAGAUGGUCACCUACCACAUGAUCCUGUUUGACCAGGCCCAGAGGUCUGUGCGGCAGCAGCUCCACAACUUCGUCAAAGAAGACGUGCGCAAGUUCAAGGAGACUAAGAAGCAGUUCGACAGGGUCCGGGAGGACAUGGAGCUGUCCCUGGCGAGGAACGCGCAGGCCCCGAGGCACCGGCCGCAUGAGGCGGAGGAGGCCGCGGGUGCCCUGGUCCUCGCCCGGAAGUGCUUCCGCCACCUGGCGCUGGACUACGUGCUCCAGAUCAACGUUCUCCAGGCCAAGAAGAAGUUUGAGAUUUUGGAUUCUAUGCUGUCCUUCAUGCACGCCCAGUACAGCUUCUUCCAGCAGGGCUACAGCCUGCUGCACCAGCUGGACCCCUACAUGAAGAAGCUGGCGGCUGAGCUGGACCAGCUGGUGAUCGACUCGGCAGUGGAAAAGCGGGAGAUGGAGCGCAAGCACGCCGCCAUCCAGCAGCGGACGCUGCUGCAGGUGAGUGGGCGCCCACCCCGGGGGGAGGGGGCCCCCGGUGGGCAGGGCCUCUGCCCUUCCCGCCCCGCGGCGUUUCAGCACCAAGGACACCUCCACGGCCCCGGCGCAGCUCCCGACGCGCGGCCCGCUCCAGCGGAGGUGGCUGAGCUGGGACCGCGUCCCCUUCGUCCCCUUCGGGAGCAGCUGCAGCUGUCCCCUCCCGCCCCCACUCAGCCAGGGGAGCAGGUGGCUGGGCCUCCUCUCCCACUGCCGGACGCCCAGGACAACGCUCAGUGUCUCCCCAGCCCGCGUGAAUGGAGCUCUGUCAGGCUGGUCGGGGAGCCCAGCUGGCGACAUGAAUGGGGGACAGCUUCCUUCCUGAUCCCAGAGGCUGCUGCUCUGCCAGGCUGGGGGGUGGGGGCUGGAGCUCUCCGGGCCCCCAGCUGUGACGGGAGGCAUCUGCCCCCACGGGGUUUUGGGUCAGGAAGCGGCUGUGAAGACGCCCCCCCCACCUCGCCUCUGGGGCAGCCCGAGAGGGCGGCAGUGUCCCCGCAGCCGCGGGUGGGUGCUCACUGGGGGCUGGGCUCCGACCACCCCCAGGACUUCUCCUACGAUGAGCCCAAGGUGGAGUUUGACGUGGACGCUCCCAGUGGUGUGGUGAUGGAGGGCUACCUCUUCAAGAGGGCCAGCAACGCCUUCAAGACAUGGAACCGGCGCUGGUUCUCCAUCCAGAACAGCCAGCUGGUCUACCAGAAGAAGCUCAAGGACGUGCUGACCGUGGUGGUGGAUGACCUCCGGCUCUGCUCCGUGAAGCCCUGUGAGGACGUCGAGCGCAGGUUCUGCUUUGAGGUCGUGUCGCCCACCAAGAGCUGCAUGCUGCAGGCCGACUCGGAGAAGCUGCGGCAGGCGUGGGUUCAGGCUGUGCAAGCCAGCAUCGCGUCCGCCUACCGGGAGAGCCCCGACAGCUGCUACCGUGAGAGGCUGGACCGCACGGCGUCCCCAUCCACAAGCAGCAUCGACUCUGCCACGGACUCUCGGGAACGCAGCGUCAAGGGCGAGAGCGUGCUGCAGCGCAUGCAGCACGUGGCGGGGAACAGCCAGUGCGGCGACUGCGGGCGGCCGGACCCGCGCUGGGCCAGCAUCAACCUGGGCGUGCUGCUCUGCAUCGAGUGCUCGGGCAUCCACAGGAGCCUGGGCGUCCACUGUUCCAAGGUGCGGUCCCUGACCCUGGACUCGUGGGAACCGGAGCUGCUGAAGCUGAUGUGUGAGCUGGGAAACAGCACUGUGAACCAGAUCUACGAGGCCCAGUGCGCAGGGCCAGGCAGCAGGAAGCCCACGGCCAGCAGCCCCAGGACAAGGAGGCUUGGAUCAAGGACAAAUACGUGGAAAAGAAGUUCGUGCGGAAGCCGCCCUCGGCACCGGCCCGGGAGGCCCCACGGCGCUGGCGGGCGCAGAAGUGCCCACGCCACCACAGCUCCCCCCGUGCCCGCACCACCCGCCGCAGCAAGAUCCGGAUGGAGCCCGUCCCGCCCUCUGUGGCUGCUCUGUGCUCAGCCUGGUUCCCGCCCUGCAGGCUCCACAGAGCCCAGGUUCCGCAGGGACUCCCUCUUCUGCCCGGAUGAGCUGGACUCCCUCUUCUCCUACUUCGACGCAGGGGCUGCUGCAGCCGGUCCACGCAGGCUCCCCUCUCCCUCACCCCGCAGCAUCCCCCGGAGGGUGGGUAGGGUGCCAGCCUUCCCGCAGGGCUGUGGGAGCAGGCAGAAGCGCUCAGGACCUCCUCUGCUUGCGGACCCUGCAGGUCUGAGCAGCGACAGCGGCUUAGGGGGCAGCUCCGACGGCAGCUCGGAUGUCCUGGCCUUCGGCGUGGGCUCCGUGGUGGACCGCGUCACUGAGGAGGAGGGUGCCGAGUCGGAGGAGUCCAGCGGCGAGGCAGAUGGAGAGGCGGAGGCCUGGGGCCUGGCGGACGUGCGCGAGCUGCACCCCGGGCUACUGGCGCAUCGAGCGGCGCGCACUAGAGACCUCCCUGCACUGGCCGCGGCUCUGGCGCAAGGAGCCGAGGUCAACUGGGCUGACGCAGAGGACGAAGGCAAGACGCCGCUGGUGCAGGCCGUGCUGGGGGGUUCCUUGAUCAUCUGUGAAUUCCUCCUGCAAAACGGAGCGGAUGUGAACCAAAGAGACAGCCGGGGUCGGGCGCCCCUGCACCAUGCCACGCUCCUGGGCCGCACCGGCCAGGUCUGCCUGUUCUUGAAGCGGGGGGCGGACCAGCAUGCCUUGGACCACACGCAGCAGGACCCACUGAGCAUUGCGGUGCAGGAGGCGAAUGCAGACAUCGUCACGCUUCUCCGUCUGGCGCGCAUGGCCGAGGAGAUGCGUGAGGCCGAGGCGCCUGCUGGUCAGCCGGGGCCCCUGGCUGGCAGCAGCCCCACCGAGCUCCAGUACCGCAGGUGCAUCCAGGAGUUCAUCAGCCUCCACCUGGAUGAGAGCUAGGGUGGCAGGGCCUUGGCGGGACCCCCACCGGCCCAUUUCCUGAGAGCCCCGGAGCUCCUGGAGCCCUGCUGCCUGCUCUGCCCCCCUCGGAGCUGCCCUGACCCCCACGGCCCGGAGCAGGACCCCAGCACUGAGUCUUCUGAAGCUCCAUGUCUCCCCUGGGAGGUGCUGCAUCACCCCACCCAGGGACCCUGUGUCUUCGGGUGACCCCUCCCUAGGGGGCCUGGGUUGGCUCGUGUCACAAACCACUCUCAAGGCCCCACAUCACCUCGUGCCCCUCUCUGCUCCCCCAGGCCCGUGUCACCUCAUGCCCCUCUAUCCCUGGGGCCCAUGCCGCUUGGUGCCCCACUCUGCCCUCAGGGCCUGUGUCACCUUGUGCCCCCACUUUACUGCCCAAGAACACUGACCUGCUAGUAGGGGCCCUCCCACAUCCCCAGAACCCCUCCACUAGGCCCUGGGGCUGGUGGCUGGCCACCAGCACGUGGCGAGGGCAGAAGGGGCCGCCCAUCCAGGGAAUCAACCCGCGUACCUCACUUAGCGACCCCAGCAUCCAGGCUGGGCUUCUUGGGUGCUUGGGGGGCUCUGGCCUGGGGCCUUAGCCCUGGCUGGGUGCGGAUGUCCCGAGGCCGUGUGGCUGGCCAUGCAGGCCCUCGUGCCCCGUAGCCCCACCCAUCCCCCCCUUUUCCCACAGCGGGUGGCAGGGGUGUGGCUCUUCCCACCCCUGCAUCCGACAUCCUUUGUCACGGACUGAGGGGUUUUCUACAAUGAUCUCCUUCUCACUUUGUCUCACAUCUUUUCUCUGGACUCAAGGACCACUUUGACCCCCAGCUCUGCCUGCUGCUAGGGGAGGCGCCUGCAGCUCAGCCCUGCCCCCUCGCCAGCCUUCCCCCACCACCACCUCCGGCUAGGCCCAUGGGGCCUCGGCUCACUCCCCAGGGCCCUCUGAUGCCUUCUGCAUUCCCCUUCCCAGAGCCCUGGGGCACCGGCUGGGCCUCUCCCCAACUCGGGCCCUUGGCCAGGCCAAGGCCAGUUGGUUGCUCACUAUGCAAAGCCUGCCCAGGGAGGCCCCAUGGGCAGCAAGGUGGGUGCGGACUGGGCUCCCAGCUCCCUCUCCUGCUGGCUGUGACCCCUAGAGAGCAGAAUCAAUGCCUUCCUCUCUCCCUGCUUGAGCUCUGCCCCCGCCUCCCGCCCCACUGCCUGCAUCAGGGCCUUUGCUGCGGCCUCGGCUGGCUGGCGGGACCCGCCUCCGUUCCAGAUCACAGUUAAUAAACGGCCGCCUGCACCUGC